CGGGCAGGGGGCAGCUGGAGAUCGGGGCAGGUUCCAGGGCUCACACUGGGACGAGACCGGGGAGCCCAGUGGUGGCGGGGGAUGGGCAGGAGUUUGCAAUGGCAUGUGGCGGCCAGAAGUCCGUGUGAUUGAGGGAGGCUGCAGAUGCAGGGGUCUCAUGUCCCCAGGUGGGGGAAGGAUAUACAGUGUUUGAUAUCUUGAGCCAUUUUCAAUCAAGAUGAGCUUCCUGCUGCCCAAACUGACCAGUAAAAAGGAAGUGGAUCAGGCAAUAAAAAGUGUAGCAGAGAAAGUUUUGGUUCUUCGAUUUGGGAAAGAUGAUGAUCCUGUUUGUCUGCAAUUGGAUGAUAUUCUUGCAAAGACAUCUCAUGACUUAAGUAAAAUGGCAGCCAUUUACUUGGUGGAUGUGAACAAGGUGCCAGUGUACACCCAAUAUUUUGACAUCAGUUAUAUUCCAUCUACUGUCUUUUUCUUCAAUGGACAGCACAUGAAAGUGGAUUACGGGUCUCCAGAUCACACUAAAUUUGUGGGAAGCUUUAAAACAAAGCAAGACUUCAUAGAUUUGAUUGAAGUGAUUUAUCGUGGAGCAAUGCGUGGAAAGCUCAUCGUACAAAGUCCUAUUGAUCCAAAAAAUGUUCCCAAAUAUGACCUUCUCUAUCAAGGAAUUUAAAAUAUUGAUUUGAGAUGAGCAAAACUUGUGUAUUCGUCUUGAAGAUCAUAUUGGUCACCCUUUGAAGACAGACAUUCUGUCACUUUCUUAUAAAGAAAGGUACAUGUUUACUUGUAUGAGUCACAUAAAUUAUUCUCUGAGAUGCACACUAUCUAAUGGUUAUGAAAUGGUGCUUUGAGGGUGAAAGUAUCUCUGAUGUGGCAUCGGUGAGUGAACAAAUCACAUUAAAGCAUGAGCGUGUA